CCAUGAUAAGUUCGUUAUCAAAAUGAUUACACUUCGCGCUUAAUAUACAUUUAUGAAUGAUAAUUGUGUAACUAAAGUACGUAUUAAUUGUACAUUGAACAGUGAAUUUCAACCAAGCACAUAAAAAAAAAAAGAUAAGUAUUUUUUCACUCCGAGGAAACAAUUACGAGAAAAAUUGAACGCGGUGCGUUAAACGUACGGGUACGGGCGCAGUCUUCGAGCGGUGGUGUGUAAGAACAGAAAGAUAGGGCAAGUUUAGUUAUUAAGACAUUUCGACGAUGGAUAUAUUAAAAAACGUGUCAUCGGCUUUUUGGUCAACUGAUAUUUGGUUACCGCCUAACAUAACAUGGGACGAUAUUAAACCAAAUUCAGAAAACAAAUAUGCUAAUUAUCAGCAUUUAAUUUAUCCUUUACCUAUGGCAUUAAUUCUUUUAGUAAUUAGAUAUGCCUUAGAAAGGUAUUGUUUUGGACCUAUUGGAAAAUCUCUUGGUAUAAAAAAUACAAGAGCAAAGAAAGCAGUACCAAACGAGUUAUUGGAAAAAGCCUAUGUUAAGCGACAAAUUAAACAUAAACAGAUCCUGGCACUGGCUAAGCAAUUAGAUUGGUCUGAACGACAAGUAGAAAGAUGGUUGCGAUUAAGACGUGCUCAGGAUAAGCCAUCGACUCUUACAAAAUUUUGUGAAAACAGUUGGCGAUGUUUAUAUUAUACAUAUUCAUUUAUUUAUGGCCUUAUUAUUUUAUGGGAUAAACCAUGGUUGUGGGACAUUAAUUAUUGUUACUAUGAUUAUCCAUAUCAUCCAGUUUCUGAUGAUGUAUGGUGGUAUUAUAUGAUAUCAAUGGCAUUUUACUGGUCUUUAAGUUUCUCUCAGUUUUUCGACGUGAAAAGAAAAGAUUUCUGGCAAAUGUUUAUUCAUCAUGAAGCUACUAUUAUAUUAAUGUGUUUUUCAUGGGUCGGAAAUCUAACUAGAAUUGGUUCGCUAGUUCUAUUAGUGCAUGAUAGUGCAGAUAUUUUUCUAGAAGCUGCAAAAAUAGCUAAGUAUGCUAAUUACCAGAAAUUAUGUGAUUGCAUAUUCGUUAUUUUCACAAUAUUAUGGAUUUUCACACGCAUCGGCGUUUAUCCAUUUUGGAUAAUUUAUAGCACAUCGAUAAAAGCACCUAUAAUAGUACCGAUGUUCCCAGCAUAUUAUAUUUUCAACUUUUUAUUAAUCUUAUUAUUAAUCCUUCACAUGAUAUGGACGUAUUUAAUACUUAAAAUUGCCUAUAAUGCUUUUUAUGCCGGUCAAAUGGAAGGUGACAUUCGUAGCAGUAGUAGUGAAGACAUUUCAGAUAAUUCUAUGGAAAAUAAUGCAUUAAAUAAUUCUACCAAUUACAUUACCAAACAAAAUUCAAGGCAAAAAGUUCAUUAACAAAUAACUUUUUAGAGAAAAGUUAUUAUACCAGUAUAAGACAAGAAUUCAAAUAUUAGCCAGGCGCUAAUUAAUUUCAGUAAAUUUAACAGUCCUUGAAUUUGCCGUAGUAUAGUAAUUAAAAACUUACAUUUUGAUAAAGUUGUAAAGAGGUCACUGAUCUUAGAAUUCUUUACGUUGUUCUAUUCUUUUGUAUCUAUCUUUUAAAGCAACUUGGUGCUUUUAUAUAAAUAUGAAAAAA